AUGACAUACGCCGCUGUUCUGGGAUUUUUGGCCUCAUCCUGGAUUGUGUACCAGUGGGUGACAUUUACUAUUUCCACACGCAAGGUUCGCGAUAUACCGACCGUGGGCCCUGAUGGUUUCAUCUCCUCGUACCUCUCAGCCUGGAAGUAUGAAUUUGGGAAUGGGAAACAGAUGAUACAGGAGGGCUACGAAAAGUACCCUGGAUCGGUUUUCAAAGUCCCAACGCUCAGCUCUCCAAACCGAUGGAUGAUUGUGGUCAAUGGCUCCCGGUUGAUAGAGGAUUUACGAAAAGCUAGCAAAGAGCAGCUAUCUUUUGGAGACGCAUUCUUUGAGCUUUUCCAAAGCGACCAUCUCAUGCAUGGUCCUGGGAAGAGCGUCAACCGUCGCGAUACUGCAGAAUAUCAUAUUGGCGUCGUUCGAGGGCCCUUGACCAGAGGCUAUCCUUUCAGGUUCGAGGAUAUUAAAGACGAAAUAUCCCAGUCCUUCUCCGACCUGAUUCCUGUGACAGAGAGCUGGUCCCCCGUAAAAAUCCACGAUGUUAUUAUCCACAUCAUAUGCAGAACCACCAACCGGCUUUUCGUUGGUUUACCCCUCUGUCGCGACCCCGACUACUGUCGCAUCCAAGAAACUAUUACUGUCCACCUCGUUACUGCCGGGACCUUCUUAGCCCUUCUACCCGCAGCAUUUCGACCGGUUGUUGGGCGCCUAAUCACUCGAUUCCCCUCGACGAUUAAAAAAGUGCAAGAUUGUAUUACCCCACUUGCCGAAGAAAUAAUCAAGUCCAAGGCAGCAUGGGAAGGCAAGAAUGGAAAUCUCCUCUCUUGGCUCUGGGAAGAAGCUCCGGAGAAAUGCAAGACCCUCUCUGACCUGGCCGGAAGGCUCAUCAUGGUCAACAUAGCUUCACUUCAUACUACAACUCAGGUCGUCACCGACACGCUCCUCGAGCUCGCUGCUCGCCAAGAGUACGUUGCACCCUUACGGUCUGAAGUUGAAUAUGCCAUCGACGAGCUGGGGUGGACCAAAGAAGCCAUGAGCAAGAUGCACAAGCUGGACAGCUUCAUUAAGGAGACUUGUCGAUUGAAAGGACUAAUGCCAAUCACCGUAGUUAGGAAUGCAAGGGUCGACUACCGUCUUUCGAACGGCGCAGUCAUUCCAGCUGGAUUCAGAGUCUCUGCUUCAGCGAGCCCUCUUCACACCGAUCCAAUGGUCUACGAGAAUGCCGAGUCCUUCGAUGGCUAUCGCUUCGCCGGAUCGCAGGAAGAUGGUUCAAGCAAUGGCCACAGUCAGCUGGUUUCUCUCGACUCCAACUAUCUACUUUUCGGUCAUGGACGUGCCGCAUGUCCCGGUCGUUUCUUCGCUGUUAGCGAAAUCAAAGCAAUGAUGGCGCACGUCUUACUCAAUUACGACUUCAAGCUUCCAAACGACGAAACUCGCGCACCUGAAGCCGAUUGGUUUGGUCACCAUCGUGUUCCAAACCAAACGGCCGAGAUUAUGUUUAGAAAGCGUCAAAGCAUUCAUUAA